GUCAAAGCAAAAGAUAUGCCUUCUUUGCUUGAACCAUCUUCUCUCUCCCGUAGAGAAAAAAGGAACCUAACUGAUCAACAAAGGCGAGAGAUUUUGGAGAUUCUGUUUUCAAAGAGUGCAUCUGGGAAAUUAAGAAGGGGGUGUCUCAAGGAGGUAGCUACAAUGUAUUCCGUCAAUCCGAGGACAAUACGACAAAUUGUGCAGAAAGCAAAUUCUUGUAUUGCCAAUGGAUUGACAGUUGAUGUACCCCCCAAUUUGCGAGGACGAGUUGGCCGCAAGAGAGUGCAAUUGGACCUCAACAAAAUCGCUGCACUUCCGUACAGCCAACGAACCAAUAUCCGUUCAAUAGCAGAAGCCCUGAAAGUGCCGAGAACGACAAUCCAUCGGCGAGUUAAAGAUGGAGUGAUGAGGCCGCAUACCAAUCCAUUGAAGCCAUGCCUAAGUGAAGAAGGUAAGAGGGCACGACUUCAAUUUUGCCUGUCCAUGCUUGAGCCAUCUAGUUUUGAAAGCCAACCAACUUUCAAAAAUAUGUACAAUUACGUGCAUAUUGAUGAAAAAUGGUUUUAUAUGACUAAAGAGUCGGAAAGGUAUUAUCUACUUCCCCACGAAAAUGAGCCCCUACGAACUUGCAAAAGCAAACAUUUCAUUACAAAAGUUAUGUUCCUAGCGGCCGUAGCUCGACCAAGGUUUGACACCACCCGAAAUCAAGAGUUUUCUGGUAAGAUUGGAAUUUUUCCCUUCACAUACAAAGAACCAGCCAAACGGACUAGUAAAAAUCGUGUGGCGGGUACUUUGGAAACAAAGGUCGUUGUUUCGGUUACUAAAGAGAUUAUUCGCAAGUGUUUGAUCGAAAAAGUCUUACCUGCUAUUCGAGCGAAAUGGCCACGGGGCAAUGGAAUCGAAACAAUUUGGAUUCAACAGGAUAAUGCGAGGCCUCACAUUCAUGAAUUUGAUGCAAAGUUUCUCGAAGAGGCUUCUAAAGACGGAUUUGAUAUUCAUUUGUCAUUCCAACCUCCCAACAGUCCGGAUUUAAAUGUUCUUGAUCUUGGUUUUUUUAGAGCAAUUCAAAGUUUGCAAUACCAAAAAGCACCAAAAAAUAUUGAUGAGCUUGUUUCUGCUGUUGUAAGUGCUUUUGAAGAAUUAUCACCUCAAACGCUAGAUAAUGUCUUCUUGACAUUACAAGCUUGUAUGAUUGAGAUCAUGAAGGUUAAUGGGGGAGUUGGUUACAAGGUGCCACAUAUUGGAAAAGGUGGAUUGAUGAGAGAUGGUAACCUGCCUACUCAACUUCAAUGUGACCAUGAUUUGGUGGAAAGUGUUAUGGCUCAUCUACAAAAUGGAGGCAAUUGAAGUUGGAUGACAUCUUUGUCAAGAACUUUGUUUUUGUGUUUUUGGAUGGAACUUCAAGCAACUGAGGCUGUGAUUUUCUAUGGAGCUUGAAGCAAUUGUAAAUGGCUGUGAUUUUGUAUGAAAAUCGAAGCACUUGUAAAAAAGUCUGCUGCCUAUAAAUUUUUUUGUAAAGGGUCUGCUAUGGUAGCAAACACAGAUCCUACUCCCUUUUUUGUUUUCAUGUUUAGGUAUAAUUAACCUUUUGUAAGCUUAUUACCAAUCCUUUUGGUUGAUACUGGUGGCUAUGAUCCACAUAACUAUAUGUUUUGGACAAUAAAAUGAAGUUGUUUUGUAUCGAAAAA